AUGGGGCAGUCCCUCCUAGCCCGCCAUGAAGCCUACAUGGCAUCGGCUGAACGAGACAGGUCCGAGUUUACCGCCCGAGUCGAGGAACUGGAGCGCGAGAACAAAGAACUCGAAACCCGCAAUAAACUUGUAACCGACGAAAACCACACGCUACGAGAUGAGUUGGAGCAAAUCAACGAUACCGUCAAAGAUGCCGAGGCGAAAAUCGGCCUUCUGGAAGCGUCAUUGCUUGGGUCGCAACAGGAAGUCCGCCGGUUGGAAAACGCCACUGAGAGAGCGCUCACUCUUGAGCGGCAGAUUGCAGUGCUCGAGGAGGAACAGGUCGUAUUACGAACAACAAUCACGAGAACCGAAGAAGAAGCCCGCACAACCAUGUACCGUUGGCGGCAAGCCGAGAAGGGGCUCAACGACCUACAAACGCAACUGGAGCGCAUGGAAAAGGAGUCUAGAGAGGAACGCGAGCGACAUGUCGAGGCCGUCAGCCGGAUGGAACGGCAGCGUGUCAUGGAGAAGGAGUUGAACACGGCUGCUGGUAGGCUAAAAGGUGCCGCUGCUGCGAAGUCGAUGACGGAUAGCAGGAGCGGCGGAAACGUGGUGUCGCAUUUCGUCCGCGAUUUGCUCCAGGAUAAUGCGAAUCUGCAAGUGGGGAUGGCAGAACUGCGUGAGAUGCUCAUCAGCUCCAACGACGAAAUCCAAAUGCUCAGGGAACAGCUCAUGUACCACCAACCAGCGGACGGCCACGAACCAGGCAGCCAGCCUACAACCUUGCAGGCCGAGCUCGCCAACAAAGAACCGCCCACGCCACCACAAGCCCCGCGAGUGUCGCAGGAGUUGCAUGUCCAUCACCACUACCACGUGAGCCACAAGGCAGAGACGCGGAAGCCCAAAAAGCGAAGGGUAGGCCUCACACCAGGCGUCUUCACGCCGCCUCAGCUCUCGGCCCCUUCGUCUCCGAUCAUGAGCACCGGCCGGUUCCAACGGGCUGCGGCCGCCGGUUCGGUGGACUCUCCAGCACGACACCUUGCCCAUUGGUCUGGGCAUUCCGACCACGAACCUGAAUUUGCUCCAUCCUCCGCUCCUAGUUCGCCAAGGUCGACGAACCGAGACUCUGUCUUCGAUAGGGUCCCCAAUCUCCCAUCUCCCGCUUCUCCCAACACGAGCGUGGAUCCGACCUCACCUAGCUGGCGAUACGCCCACAAGAAGAAGGUGUCCGAGUUCUCACUUCGGAGCAUAUCGGAGACCGCCAUGUUUGGCGCGGACCUGCCCUACACAUCAUCGCACUCAUCUCCCUCUCACGCCCAGCGCCAACACCCUUUCACCCGUCUUCUCAUGGCUGGGCAACCCACAACAAGUCUCAGCCCUGUCCCGUACACUACCGACGAUGUUCCGAGCGUUUCGCCCGCGCCGCUAUCCACCUACACCGACUAUGACGAUCACACAGACGUACCUAGCGAAGACCAGGGCUCGCCCACCGCCUCCGAGUUUGAUUCGAGCGUCGAACAACGACCACGGGGUUUACAAAGAGUCAUCUCACACGAAUCCAUCAUGUCCCUAUCCAACGGGCUUGAUAUUCACACUCUCAGAGCACGGCCUAGCCAGUUGUCUCUGCAACACAUCGGCAUGACCACGGCGGGCACUAACCUCAGUGCUGUCACGGCUCGACCCACUUUAACUAGCGGCAGCGCUGGGGGCAAACGUGGCAGUGUGAUCCUUCGAGAUAGCAUCGCCCAAAGCCUCUCCGCGCCCAAGUCGCGCCGCAGUAGUCGUGCUACAUCUAACCCCUUGCGCGGCCGGGAAGACGAACAAGAAGGAGACCGUAAUACGCCUCGAGCACCAUCCGCACUUGGAAAGCUGGUAUCAUGGCGGCCCUGGGGAGGAAAUAACAGCAACCCCGAUGCGAUCAAGGAUACCGAUGCCUUACCCGCUACUAGCCCGUCCUCCACGCCGAUGUUAGCCGCAUCCCCGCCUAUUUCUACCACAGCUGUUCCCGCCCUAUCGCUCGCAACCACCAUCGAUUCCCCCACCACCUCUCUCGCCAGUCCUGUUCUCAGUACCAUGAGCAAGUCACCACAGGGCAGCUUUAUUUCCGCUGGGGCGGUUUCGAGCACCCCGUCCACUGCAGCAAGCGCGAAUGCUGCGCUGUCAGCGGUGUUUCGAGCACCGGGCAUUAACCAGCCAGGGCUGGUUCCGGGGUUCCAAGAGUAUUGGGCCGCGCAGAAGCGGAGAGGUGCAGCAUCCUCAUCCAUUUACGGAAAUUCCCAGCCAUCCAUCCAGCGAGCUGCCGAAGAACCGCGGUGA